CAAACCUCUCCAGUCCAGCGCAACCCGCCUCCAGCCUCGCCAAACCCUCCCAUCUGAAACCAAAUAUGCGCACCCCUCAUGAUAAAAUUCAAGAGAGAUCAGUUAUGAGGAGGGAGACCGUGAGUCCGGCAUCAUCUGGAUUUAUCACGUACCAGCUUUUGGAACAUAAAGACAUUGUUCAGCAACACCUCAUGAUUGACUGCAUUUCCCUGUGAACCGCGUAACCCAGCUUAAUGCGCGAAUUUUAAACUUUGCGCUUGGAGGACCCGUGGCAUCUCCAAGUUUUACGCAAUGAAUUUCUAAUCACUGGCGUGGGUUUACCAUUGUGGAACUGACUGAGGAGUAAAGCGUUAUUUUCAUCUUGUAUAUAUAUUUUCAGUUUUGCUAUAAUCCCAGUGUGCACCUUCAUUCGGGUGUUCAGCUGCCGUGGUAUAUGUAUUUUUAACGUCAAACAAACAAUAUUUGUGACACACAGAAGAAUGAUUCUCCGAAGAUGUUUCCGAUUGUUGGCCCUUUUGCUUCUGUUCACCUCUGUUAAAUCUCAAGAUGCACAAUUGGAAGAUGAGACCAUAUUUGACUUAUUUGAAUCCAGUGGGAUCACACGCAAGACCAUCGGAGUGAAGCUUUUUAAGGGUCUGGACAGCGAUGCUCCAGCAUAUCGCUUCAUCCGUUUUGACCAGCUGCCCUCUGUCAGCUCCACAGCGCUACAACAACUUCUUCUGCAAAUACAAAACAAUGAAGGCUUCAUUCUGACAGCCACAUUGCGCCAGGACCGUACAUCUCGUGGCACCAUUCUUGCACUGGAAGGCCCAGGAGAGCGCAGGCAGCUUGAGAUUGUUUCAGAUGGCAGAACCAACACUCUAGAUUUGGUGUAUUGGUGGGCCGAUGGCUCUCGCAACGUGAUUUCGUUUGAGGAAGUAGACCUCUCGGAUUCACAAUGGAAAAAUAUAACACUCUAUGUGCACGGGGAGACAGCAACUUUGUACAUUGGUUGUGGACUCAUUGAUAGCUUCAUUCUUGAUGAACCUUUCUAUGAACACCUUAGUGCAACUGGCGCCAGUAUGUUCGUGGCCAAAGGGUCCACAAGAGAAAGCCAUUUUAGGGGCUUGCUGCAGAAUGUACGUUUUAUCUUUGACACCCAGCUUGAGGACAUUCUGGAGAGCAGGGGAUGUGAUCUUGGAAACCCAGUGGAGGCGAAUAAAGUCAGUGAGAGCGCAGAGUUUGUGGAGGUUCCUUCUUCAAUCGCCACCAAUGUAAUUGGACAGAAUACAGACGUUCCAGCAACCAGCUCAUCAGAACUGAUGUGUGAACGCUCUUGUGAAGAACUGGCCAACCUUUUCCAGGAGCUCAAGGGUCUCAGAGUUGUCGUCAGCAACCUCAUAGAUGGCCUGCAGAAAGUGACAGAAGAAAACACGGCAAUGAAGGAGGCGCUAAACAAGAUGCAAAGUCUUUCAGAGCAGAGUAUGUGUUGGCAAGAUGGUCGUAUGUUUGAGGACAAGGAGGACUGGAUUGUGGAUAGCUGUACUAAAUGUACCUGCCAAGAAGGAAAAGUUGUUUGUCGACAGAUCACUUGUCCUCCAGUGGCAUGUGCCAAUCCAUCCUUCAUCGAUGGCGAAUGCUGUCCAGUUUGUCUUCCAAUGGACAGUGAGGACGGCUGGUCUCCUUGGUCAGAAUGGACUCAAUGCACAGUCACAUGUGGAAGUGGGACUCAACAAAGGGGGCGCUCUUGUGACGACACAAGCAACACAUGUUCUGGCCCAUCGAUUCAGACACGCAAGUGCAGUUUGGGAAAGUGUGACCGCAGAGUUCGUCAGGAUGGUGGCUGGAGCUUGUGGUCUCCCUGGUCAUCCUGCUCAGUAACAUGUGGGGAAGGACUGAUCACACGUAUCCGUCACUGCAAUGCUCCUGUUCCACAAAGAGGUGGCAAAGACUGUGAAGGUGAAGGACGAGAGACACAGAGCUGCCACACAGAUCCCUGUCCCAUUGAUGGUGGCUGGGGCCCAUGGUCUCCGUGGGCAGCAUGUUCAGCUACAUGUGGAGGGGGCCUGAAGAGUCGUGUCAGAGAGUGUAACAGCCCUGAACCGCAGCAUGGAGGAAGGAAGUGUCUUGGAGACUCCAUUGAAAAUGAAGUAUGCAACCGACUGGAGUGUCCUAUUGAUGGCUGCCUUUCCAACCCAUGCUUCUCUGGAGUCGAGUGUAACACAGCUUCUGAUGGAUCCUGGGAAUGUGGACCCUGCCCAAAUGGUUAUCGGGGCAAUGGAACUUCCUGUGAAGAUGUCAACGAGUGUAAUAUGGUGUCAGAUCUAUGUCAUAAAGUGGGUGGCCUACAGCAGUGUGUGAACACAGACCCCGGAUUCCACUGUCUCCCCUGCCCCCCUCGCUACAAAGGGACUCAGCCCUACGGCAUGGGAGUGGAGUCAGCUAAAACCAACAAACAGGUUUGUGAACCCUACAACCCCUGCAAAGACAACAGCCACAGCUGUCACAAGUUUGCUGAAUGCAUCUUCCUCAGUCACUUCACUGACCCCAUGUACAAGUGUGAGUGCCGGAUUGGUUAUGCUGGAGACGGCAUCAUCUGUGGUGAGGAUUUUGAUCUGGAUGGAUGGCCCAACCAGGAUCUUGUGUGUGGAGCAAAUGCCACCUAUCAUUGCAAAAAGGACAACUGCCCGACUUUACCCAACUCAGGCCAGGAGGACUUUGACAAUGAUGGACAAGGAGAUGCUUGUGAUAAAGACGAUGAUAACGAUGAAAUUGUGGAUGAAAGGGACAACUGUCCCUUGAUGUACAACCCCAGACAAUAUGACUAUGAUAAGGAUGAUGUUGGAGACCGCUGUGAUAACUGCCCGUAUGAACACAACCCCGCUCAGACAGACACAGACAACAAUGGAGAAGGAGACGCCUGCUCUGUUGAUAUGGAUGGAGAUGAAAUUCUGAAUGAGCGAGACAACUGCCCUCUCAUUUAUAACACUGACCAGAAAGACACAGAUUUAGAUGGCGUUGGAGACCAGUGUGACAACUGCCCAUUAGUCCACAACCCACAACAGACGGAUUCAGAUAACGAUCUAGUAGGAGACCAGUGUGAUAACAAUCAGGACAUAGAUGAAGAUGGACAUCAAAAUAACAUGGAUAACUGCCCAUACAUACCCAACGCUAACCAAGCUGACCACGACGGAGAUGGGAAAGGAGAUGCUUGUGAUUUUGAUGAUGAUAAUGACGGCAUUCCUGAUGACCGAGAUAACUGCAGACUAGUUCCAAACAAAGACCAAGAGGACUCUGAUGGUGAUGGUCGAGGUGAGGCCUGCGAGAAUGAUUUCGACAAUGACAAUGUGCCAGAUAUCUUUGACGCCUGUCCAGAAAACAGCGGCAUCAGUGUCACAGACUUCCGGAAGUUUCAGAUGGUUCACCUCGACCCCAAAGGAACCACGCAGAUCGAUCCCAACUGGGUGGUCCGAAACCAGGGCAAAGAGCUUGUGCAGACGGCCAACUCCGACCCUGGCAUUGCAGUGGGAUUUGAUGAGUUCAGUGCCGUGGAUUUCAGCGGGACCUUCUACGUGAACACAGACAGGGAUGAUGACUAUGCUGGUUUUGUGUUUGGAUACCAGUCUAGCCGGCGUUUUUAUGUAGUCAUGUGGAAACAGAUCACACAGACGUACUGGGAAGAAAAGCCGUCGAAGGCGUUUGGCAUUUCUGGCGUUUCUCUGAAGGUGGUCAACUCCACCACAGGCACGGGGGAAAUUCUACGCAAUGCUUUAUGGCACACAGGCAACACUAAGCAUCAGGUGCGCACUCUAUGGCAUGACCCGAAGAAUAUUGGCUGGAAAGACUUCACUGCGUACCGCUGGCAUCUUAUCCACAGACCCAAGACUGGCUUCAUAAGAGUUGUUGUGUAUGAAGGCAAGCAGAUCAUGGCAGACUCAGGUCCUGUUUAUGACAAGACGUUUGCAGGUGGACGACUCGGGUUAUUUGUUUUCUCCCAGGAGGCCGUUUUCUUCUCUGACCUCAAAUAUGAAUGCAGAGAUAACUGAGUGUAAAUGGGGAACAAAGUCUCCUGUCAAAGACUUUUUUGAUCAAAGCAGAACUGAAUCAAUGUAGAGCCUCAGAAAAAGAAGAUAAAAAGACUUUCUACAAUACGGGGAAAUUCGAAUCGACAGAAAAGAAGUGAAUUUACCUUCAGCUGGACAUAUAUAAAGAGAAACAAAUGUUUGGUCAGCAUUGCUUUAGAUUCACAGUUAAUAUUUGCACAAAUAAUCUUUGUAAUGCCACAAUAGCUAUGUUUCCAUCCAAAGAUGCAAAUUUAAUUUUCAUACAAAACUGAAAUAUUGCAUGUAACAUUUGCGAAUAAAUCAAAAUUGUCACUUCCUGAUAAUCUAGUACCAAUAAUCAGAAAGAAAAUUGGAAAUUGCUGCAUUCAACACAGGCUCAUUGGAAGUAUGUGUUCAGGGCUUUAUUUUUGAGAACCGGUAAAUAUGUGCCCGCAGGUACAUAAUGGCUAAAAAAAACAAAUGCCAUGGUGUAGUACCUCUGACUGCUCAGUAUGGAUGGCUUUUUCAGUGUGACUGGUUGGCUCGGUAGCUCACCGCAAAUGGCAUCAGAUUUGGAACAAGAACUGGACUGGACUAGACUGGGGUAUGAGUCCAGCAAAGGACGGUUCCAGUAACCAGGUAAAAUGAAACCAAAAAAGCAGUGUAAAAUUCUGGUAAAAGUAUGUGGCCGUAGCUUUUCUACUGUUCUAGUUUGUUUUUGAAAACACUGUCAGUUGGAGGAAGGGGUGGGUCGUUGCGUCAGUCGAUAUCAAGCUGAUUUUAUUUAUUUAUGUUAUUUGGCAGGGACAGUGUACAUUAAUUAGCAUUGAUGGAAAUGCACCAGAAUUAUGCCGCAGUCACACUAGAGUUUGAGCUUGCGAAAUUCUGUCGUAAAAAGGGGAUUAAACAAGAUGAUUUGACAUUUUAAAAAAUAUAUUUCUGUCCAGAGAGGUCAUGUUUUGAUCCUCAAUUGGUCUUACGCAGCUAACUGAUGUGAUUUUGCAGGUCAGAGUUCACCAAGCUUUAACUUUGCAACGCAGUGAACUGCGAAACUUGUUGCACAAGCUAGCAUUUCCAGUCUGAUGCAUUCGCGUGCAUAUGAAUGGAAGUCUAUGGGGAGAAAAGUGCAGUGUGACCGCAGCUUCAGCCAAAAGGCUAUUUUUCAUUAAUUGUCCCUGGACAGAUGUUAAAAUUUUCGCCCUAAAAGCAAUACAAAAUUAUAAAAUGAAUUAAGCAUAACUAAAAAGCACUAAAAUUGACAUAAUUUAAUAGAUCCUAAUACAUUUUAUGUAUAUAAACAAAAUAAACUAAAACACCAAUGAAUUAUACACAAAAACCCGACCAGCUACUUUCUCAUACGCACACGAGAAGAAUGUUGAGAUUGUCAGAAAUGCACGCAGUCUAUAGGGGAAAUUUAUGAAAAAAUGGCAUGUAUAAGAAAACGUGCCCCUGUAAUGUAUUUUAGAUUGUCAAGAAUGUUCACAGCAACCUCUGGUGGAUUUGUGAAAAACAAAAAAUGCAAGCACAUGUAGCCCAGGGUACAUAUUUAUUGGUUGUCAAAAAUGUAGCCCUGGGCAUAUAUCUCCAGUGAGCCUGGGUUGGUUGUGUUAGGAGAAAAAAUCUGGGCUUUUUUUCUUAUUUUAUAAUUUUCUCAGAAGAUGAAGAAGAAGCACAAUAAAUGCGUGGUGGUCCUGGGAGCUAAUAAUGCCAAACCACUUUGAUGGCAGACUUUAGACUUUUUGGAAUUUUAGAAGUAACAAAACAACAUUUCAGAUAUUUUACAAUGUGGUUGUUCCACUGGUUUGUCCCCCAUGCCCAAUUUUAUCAUCACAUGAUCUGUUAAAAGAUCAUGUCAUGAUCAUAAUCUGUCCGACAGCUAGCUCUCUACAACUCUUUCAUGGUUGCCCACUUAAGCCAAGCAGGGCUGCGCCCGGUCAGUACCUGGAUGGGAUACCCAACACAAUCUCACGGCAAUUCGUAACUUUUUCAUUUAGUGGCUAAUUC